GUCAGUUGCUCUUUGCGGCGUUGGGAAAAUUAUUUUGUGGCUGCGAAUUGAAAAUGUGAAUAAAUAAACCCAACAGUAUUUGGAAAACUUAAAAUACAUUUUUUACGUUUAUAAAUGGAAAUAUAUAUACGAUUGCUUAAAUAUACACACUUAUAAUUCAGCGGAAACGAUAACCUUUCUGAUUCGGAUGCAAAGGCGUGGUAAUCCGGAUUCAUACUUUAACAUAAGUGGAACGGCGAGUGAAAAUACAAUGAACGUGAAUUAUAUGGGACAGCAACAAAAAUCUAACGUUGGAAAUGCAGGUUCUGCAGGGCUAAAUAAUGAUGUUUCAAAUGGUACUGUUGCGGUCUCUAGCGGCAGCGUCAUCACAUUUAAAGCUGAUGACGAGCAAUGCACCCAUGAAAUUACCCACAAUAAUGUAAACGUUAUCGGCAGCCCCGGUUCCCAUGACCACGGAUCUUCUAAAGUCAAAUUAAAAAACAUUGUGGAUUACAAAUGGGAAUUAAAAAAUUAUCCGGGUCAUUUAAUUGCAGUGCAUUUAGACGGAAAACAUAUUGCCUAUGUCAUUAACGUUAAUAACAAACUAUCUCGAGUUGAGGGCAUGGUUCGUGUUGUAAAGGCUCAGUCGGGACUCCGUGCACUAAUCAAGGGAAUGACGGGAGAAGUCCUUGACCUGCAAUUUGCGCAUAUUGAAAAGGAGCGUAUACUUGGUUCGAUUGACAUGAACUCACUUUAUAUACACAAAAUAGAUCUUGUGGAUGGCACCUUGAUUUGCAAUCUUUUAGUAAAAAUAGAUGAUCCGUUGAAUAAUUACUCUCCCAAAUAUGACAAAAUAUCAUGGUGUCCUUUUAUUGAUGUUCCCGGUGAAGAUGACGAAGACAGUCAGUUAAUUGUGUGGGCGAGAGGAUCAAUGUUGCAAUGUUUUAAUAUAAACGUUAUAAUUUCGGAAUAUGGAAUGGGUGUCAUACAACCGAAUGCUAUUUCGACAGGUUAUUUGAAAGUAUUUGAUGAAUUGUGCACUAUAAGCUGGGUGGCAUUGUCUCCCGAUGGUUCAACUCUAGGCGUAGGUAGUAUUGAUGGAGUUAUACGUUUCUAUCAGGUUUAUAUGCAUGACAAAGAACCACGAUGUUUGCAUCAAUGGAAUCCUCAUAAUGGAAAGCCUAUUUCAUCCUUCUUUUUUUUAGACAAUUUAACCAAAAAUGUUUCUGA